CCACCAAGAAAAACAAAAAACCAAAAAGAGGGUCUUUUUAGUUUUUUCUUCUCCUUUGCUCUGCAUCUCAAAACUGUGAAGUGUGAAGGCAAAGGUGGAAUGAGUGAGGCUGUUGCUGGGUUUCUGGCUCCUUGCCAAUGUAAGUACCUUUUCUGUGGAUUUGAUAGUUUCAGCAGAGGAAAAUGGAUGGUGAAGCUCAAGAAGCAAGAAUUGCAAUACCAUGCAACCAGAAAACUGAAACCUUUAUACCAGAUUACCGUCAAGGCUGCCACUUACUCUUCAAGAAUUGCCACUGACAUUGCUCUCUAUGAAUCUCCUGGGGCUAUGUUUGAUCAUUAUUUGGAGAAUAGACCCAGAGUUUUUGAAGCUGUGUUCCCAGAAAAGAGAAGGAGCCAACGAAUUAAUGAGGAAGAAUGGAGAGUUCAGAUGUUACCCAUAGAUUUCUUGUUCUUAACAGUCUGGCCAGUAGUGGACAUGAGGCUGAGAUGCAAAUCAAAAGGCAUAGAUUACCCACCAGAAAUUCCUUGUGACAUCACAAAGGUUCUUGAGCUUGACAUUACAAGAUGGGAGCUCCAAGGGCUUGACAACUCUCUCAAGCCAUCUGAUUUCACACUGUGCGUCAAGGGAGUAUUAUACCCAGAUAGAAGGGGAACAAGAAGUCGCCUCAAAGGUCAAUUAGAGAUGAGCAUAAACUUUGUUCUUCCUCCUAUGAUUGCUUGGAUUCCUGAAGAUGUUCGACAAAACGUUGCAGACUCGAUAUUGGGAAGAUUGGUGGAGAACAUGAAGCACAAAGUUAAUGGUAGCUUGCUUGCAGACUAUAGCAAAUUCAAAAGGGAGAGGGCUAACAAUCCUGUACAAGCUUACAGAGACAAAAAGUGGUAAUUCUCGAGCGUAUACUACUUCUUGGGGCUAUCUAGCCUUUGCAUGGUGCUUCAGUAUGGUGAAAAUUAAGAAUGGUUCCACACUAUUGGCUUGUUUAUUUUAUGAAGCAAUCUAAAAUCUAGAUCCGCCUUCUUUUGGUCCCCAAGUUUUCAAUGAAUUAUCGAGAAAGUC